CUAGGCGGCUUGAGCGGUUAAUCGUAAGCAAGGACCAAGGGUGCGUUGAAGAAGAGAGAGAAAGAGUGGAAGAUUUGUGAAGAAGAAGAAAAAUGGCAGAAGUUCCCAAAGUUGGCGAGUCCUCGACUUCAUCGUACUUUUCUGGUUUCAAAGACAUUUUGUGCGACAGAUUUGCGUUUCUCGACAACUACAACAGAUUCGUCAAGCGCGAUAAGCCUUUGCCCUCUUGGUCUGAAUCCGAUGUUCAGGCCUUCAUCACCAGUGAUCCUGUUCAUGGCCCUGUUCUGAAAACUGCUAGGGAAGCAGUAAACUAUGGCCUUGUUGGAAGUGCUGUUGGAGCAGUCACAACCGCAGGCGUUUGUUGGAAGUACUCAAAGAGUCCUCAUGGUGCUGUACUUGCUCUUGGUGCUGGAGCUGUUUUUGGAUGGACAUUUGGAGCUGAAAUUGGUAACCAUUCACUGCAACUUUACAAAUUGGACACCAUGGCUGCACAGACUAAGUUUAUGGAAUGGUGGGAAAAGAAAACCGAGGGAAGGUCUUAGAAUAUAACUUAAAUUGGGGUAUGCAAUUUUUAAAACCUUUUCCUGUCUACAAUAAAAUGGUUGCAAAAUUUAGUCGAUAUUUUUUCCAACUUUAGAUCACAAUGUCUCCCCUGUUGAUUUCCGCACAUCAUGAGCAAUUGAUUUUGUGCAAUGUGUCAGGUUUUGGAAAUUAAUGAGUAUGAUUUGUUCCACACA